AUGGCGGAAGAAAAAUCCGAGAUAACGCAUCAGGAGCAGAUUCCUGAUAUGGGAGCCGAAGUCCUAGCAACAGAAGAUGAGCCGGCUUCCAUCUAUCAGGUUGGCUGGAGGACGAUGAUGGCCAUCGUUGCUCUUUCAAUGUCGAAUAACUGCGCUGCUAUUGCCAAUACUACAAACACUAUCAUCAGCUUCCAGGUCCAAGCACUUGGAGGCGCAUCUCUUGCAUCUUGGAUUGCCAAUUCCAACCUCUUGGUAACAUUGGCAUUUGGACCCGUGUUUGGCUCUCUCAGUGACCGUCUCGGAAAGAAAUGGUUCAUCGUCAUUUGUAGCAUACUAGGAGUCGUCGGCUCCAUCAUCUCAGGCUCGGCCCAUCGCACAGAAGUGAUUGUUGCAGGAAACACAUUGACUGGGUUGGCUAAUGCCGGAUGUAUUAUGGGCAUCCCCGCUGCUCAAGAAGUUACCCCGAACAAGUUACGACCAUGGACCAUGGGAUUUUCUCAAGCGUUCGCGAGUUGCUGCGUUAUUGCCGGUACUCUCGGUGCGGGUGCCUUUGUGAAAUACCAAUCCUGGCGAUGGUCAUACUAUCUCAACGCCUUUGUCUAUGGUGCAUCUGCAACUCUCGUGUUUUUCUUCUACCAUCCACCUCCAACUGGUUUGAGAAGACAGCAGGGUCAACUGCGCGAGAUUAUAUCCAAGGUUGAUUAUUUUGGCAUCUUCCUUUUCGCUGGUUCAAUUGCUUCGCUUCUUAUUGCUUUAACAUGGGGUGGAGAUACCUACCCCUGGUCUUCCGGCAAGGUGAUCGCCAGCUUGGUAGUUGGCUGUGCCGGCCUCGUGGGCUUCGGUCUAUAUGAAUGGCUCUUCACCACUGAGGGGAUUUUCGACCAUCGUCUGUUCGAGACCAGAAACUUCCCUAUUCUCCUGUUCGUGUGCACUGUGGACGGCAUGCUUCUUCUCGGCGUGAAUGUGCUUUAUGCUCAACAGAUAGCGGACAUGUUUACCACCGACGCCGUCAAGAUUGCGACAGUCCUCACACCUUUCUUGACCACCUCGGCUUUUGGAUGCUUACCCGCUGGAUUUGUCAUGGCUAAGACCAAGUCCUAUCGUGUCAUGUUGGUUUGUGCUUUGUUGUGGUGUAGCCUGUUCACGGGUCUGAUGGCUAUGGUCAAUGAGCAGCGAUUGAGCUGGGCGUAUGCUUUCUCCUCGUUGUUCGGUAUUGGUACUGCAGUGACUACUGUUAUCCCUGUCGUGGCUAUGGGUCUCUCCGUCCCAUCGUUCCUCCUCGGCACAGCAGGCACAAUCGGCGUCGCUUGUCGAGCAUUCGGCGGUAUAAUCGGCAUCACAAUCUUCACCGCCAUCUACAACAAUAAGAUCGGCGCCGCGCUCGCCCAUGAUGUCGGAGGUGUUCUCAGCGCCGCUGGGGAAGGCAACCUGACCUCAUCAGUUGUCACAGCGCUUAUGAGCUCGAACCCCAUGGCUCUAAACCUGGUUGAGGGUCUACCACAAUCAUUAAUUCCCGCUAUUCGUGGCGCUCAAGCGGUUGCGGUGACUUAUUCAUGGAAAUAUGUUUGGAUUGCUAUUUGUGUCGUGGUCGCCGCGAAUGCGUUGGUGGCUUGUUCGUUGAAGUCUGUGGCGAAGAGAAUGAAUGACCAUGUCGAGUCGGCUUUGGAGAGUUCGGAGAUUCGUGAUAAGCAGAUGACUAUUGCUCAUUGA